AUGCAAGAGCAAGUUCCAUCGGUUUUUGCUACUCCAUUCUUGGUAUCCCAACAGAAUUUGCAUGAUGUUGCACUUUUGCAAGUUUUACAUCCUUUACCACAUGCUACACAUGUAUCUGCAUUUAAGAAAUAUCCAGAGUUGCAUGUGCAGAAGCCUUGGUCAUUGAAACUUUGGCUAGGAUCAGUGCAACCACAAACGCCAUUUUUAAGAGUUGAGAAAGUACUUGUAUCAUAA